CUCGCCCGCCCGUGCCGAGCGCGCCCCGCCGCCGCCCGAGCCGCCGGAGCGCCGGGGCCGCGGGCCCCGCACCAGGGCAGUUUCCUCAUACAUUUUUCCCAGCUCCAGUCACUGGUCAGGACAGCACACGUGGAUUAUCUGAUCUCCUGUGGUUUUUAGAAGCAGGAGAUCCAGGAGCUGGCAGGAGGGGAAUGAACCGUGAGGGCGUCCCCGGGAAGAGUCCGGAGGAGAUGUACAUUCAGCAGAAAGUGAGAGUGCUGCUCAUGCUCAGGAAGAUGGGAUCAAACCUGACGGCCAGCGAGGAGGAGUUCCUGCGCACGUACGCGGGGGUGGUGAACAGCCAGCUGAGCCAGCUGCCCCAGCACUCCAUCGACCAGGGUGCUGAGGAUGUUGUGAUGGCAUUUUCCAGGUCAGAGACAGAAGACAGAAGACAGUAACUACAGGACACCUGAACAACACAGAACUGGAGAGGACAGUGAGAUUCCUGAAGAUAGAGGAGGAUGGCUGAGCAUUAAUAAGUUCCUCUGCCCACCCUAAUUGUUCCUUGGUAUUCCUUCUCCUUUGUAAUGUUGUUUCCCUUUGCCCAACCCUCAGAAUGCAUCUCACAGCCAUCUGUUCCUGUCAGAUUUUGCAACUCAGCUGGGCUGUGUUCGUUAAGGACAAACCCAAAGGUGUGCUUUUGGUUGGCUCAAAGGGACAGGCUGUGGUUGGAUAAAGGAAGGCAAUUUUUCAAACUUGACCAAUGGAAACCUUUUAUCUCACGUUUUAUUUUAUAUUUUAAACAAAGUCUCUUGACAUUCUACUUCUAAAGAAGCUUUUCAUGCUGUGGUGCUUAUUUAGGUCAAAGUUGUGAAUUUGAAGAGGGUUUGAUUUGGCUGCAUAGAACUGGAAGCAACUUGUGAUUGGGUGACAAUGCAAAAGCUUUCCCUUCAGUUGGCUUGCAGGUAUUUUGCUGACUCCAACGUUUUCAUUGCAGGAAGCUGAUGUUUUGGUGCAUUGGUUAUUUCUUUAUACUUAUUGACUUGGGGGGAAAAGACAAAUGUGCUUUGCAAUAUUUAUUACCUCUACACACAUAUAAACGCUUGCUUUUGGGGGGUUGUUUUGGUUUUUUGAUUGGCUUUGAAGUCAUGGUUUGAUUUCCUUUUGGCUGCAGUGUUUCUGAUGCAAUCAGUUUUUCCAUACUCAGCUGCUCCAUGGCCUGGAGCUCUUUUGGGAGCAUGUGUCAAAGCAGAUUUGGCUCAGGAAGUCCACCUGGCCAGGCUGGAGGCCGAGGAUGCCCAGCCCCGGUGGGCACGGGGGCUGUGCCCCAGCCCUGGCACUCCUGCCUGCCCAGGGCUUCUCUCUGCUUCCCUGGAGAUGUUCUGCAGGAGUUGCAAGAAUGAGAUCUGAGGCUGUGACUUGAAUUUGCCAAAUUUGUACACAUAGAGAAUAUGUGAACUGGUUUAAAAUACUGCAGAGUUCCACCUUAACCCUUUAACUGCUGCACAAGAGUAGCUCUCACGUUAGGAACAAUUAAUGAUCAUUAACUUAAAUCCAGCUUGCACUGGGCUUUAAUAGACUGAAGUUUCUAGUCACUUGAAAAGUUGUACAUGGCUUCCCUCCUCGCAGCUGUUUGGUGAGAGGGGAAUUCUCUGGAUGCCAGGAGAGCAGCAGGCUUCUGGGGCACUGCUCAGGAGGCAGCAGUGCUGCUUCAGGCUGUCUGAGGAUACAGGGACACUCUCAGCUUCACUCUCUGCAGCUGCAGGGCCUUAGAGCACACACAGACCUUGACAGGCUGGAAAAGCUGCAGUGCAAUUCCUGAGGUGCACUGACUGUUCAGGAAUCUGCACAGAGUCUCCAGCACUGCUGCCUAAAACCAAGCACUUCAUUCUCUCUCAUGUGUGCAGGUGGUUUUUACAAAACUUCUGGAUUUUGCUGUGGGUUGCACUGACUUCAAGAUGUUUCAGAAUCUAUUAAACCUGAACUCAAUUUACCUGUUUCUGGUUCUUUUCCUAUGGUUGUUAAUUAUUUACAGUGACAAUUCUAGAAUCUAACUGUGACAACAUGACCAUUUUCAUGGCCAGAAAUUCUGCUGACAGGAUGCUGUUGUGGUCUCAAAAUGGGGGAAAAGCUGGAGAGAAACCAUGGACUGUCUGCAAAAGGAAGAACAGACUUGUGAGCACAAGGAAGAAAUUAUCUUGAGCAAAUAAAUACUGUGUAAUGAGAGCAACUGUACAUCUAUUUAUGAAAAUGCUCCUUUUGAUUCAGUUGCAGCUUUGUAAAGUUCUAUGUGAAAGUAAAUCUUUUACCCCUUUUUGUUGGGGCCAGAUAAGAAAUUUCUUUAUUAAAAUAAACCAGGAAUGAGCCCAAA